CCAUCAUAUAAUUUUUGUUUUGUAAAUUCAUCAAAAUUUUUGUUACAUUAAUAAAAAAUGAACGCACCCUUAAAUCUGUACUACAAAUACUUCAAGAAAAACUUGGAAGACGAAAAGAAGCAAAAUGGUCUAACAAAAGCCCAAUCCAGCCUAGUCCUGGCCCACAACGAGUCCGGGAACUACUUUCCCGCCAUAAUUCUCGGAGACUCCACCCGGAUCAAUCCGGGUUACCGGAUCUACUUCAUCCACAGCGGUGAGGAAACGGAUGUUCCGCGUACCAGCGUGAUCGGAAACUUUUCCGUGCUAGUGGAAAGAGAGGUUUCGUUUAUCCUAGACGACAGGGUUUUCACCGGAAAAGUUAUUUCCACGGAUAAGAAGAAAGAUCAGGAAUGUCCAAAGAAUUUUUUCGUGCAAGCGUUCGAUAGCAACGAGUACCACUGGGUUGGGUUGCCGAAUUUGUUUUUGAAUAAGGCUCAGUUCAUAUCUUUGACGCAUCAAUAA